CACUCAGUGACGGUGAUUGGACAAGCGAAAGUGUCCGGCGCUCGGGCCUUAGUUGCUGAUUGGUUGAGCCCCGCUCGUCCCCUUAGAGACGUAUUUGGGAGAGGUGUGUGUGAGUGUGGCGCAGAAGGAUUUUCCAGUUGUCGUCAAUCCAAUCCGGAGCAUCAUGGCGGAGGUCGAGGGGAGCGAUGCGGGAUUAUCCGGCUCUGUUGGAGGCAUGGAAGGGGCGCCUGCAGCUGGAGUAUCGGAUGGAACAGCUAAGGCUGAAACCGUGGAAAGCGAACAGGAGGAUGAGGAUGAUGUGUUUGAAGUGGAGAGUAUCCUCGACUCCAAGAUAGAAGGGGGUGAAGUAUUGUACCGCGUGAGGUGGAAGGGUUAUGACUCUGAAGGGGACACCUGGGAGCCUGAAGCCCAUCUUGAUGACUGUAAGGAAGUCCUGCUUGAAUUUCGGAGGAAACAGGCCGAAAACAAACCGAAACCUGUCAAGAAAGAAAUGCCGCAGCAGAAAUUAUCUCCAAGUGAUCUUUUUGAGGCAGAUUCUGAGAGUGAGCAGAGUGACCAAAAGGUCGACUCCCCUCCAAAAAAGAAGAAAAAAUCCAAAGAGGAAGAUGAAGAAUUAGCAAAUGAAGAGAUGAAAAAGAAAAAAUCCAAGUCUGGUAAAUCUAAGGAAAAAUCUAAGGCAGAAGCAGAGCUGUCUGAUAGCUCAUCCCCAGACCUAAAACCAAAGAAGAGACUAUCUGAAAGCAAGGAAGAUUUAAGUAAUAAAAAGCAAAAGAAGGAUGAUCUCAAAGAGUUAAAAAAGGCAAAGAAAGAAGAUGUAAAAGACUUAAAGGUCAAGGGAAAAGAUGAAUUAAAAGACAAAAAGCAGAAGAAGGACAAAGUGAAGGACUGUGACCACCCAGGUUAUGCCAGGCAGGUUUCUGAAGAGCUUUCCGAUUCCAUUAGUGUGAGUUCAGCCAUUUUAACAGAGGAGAAAAAACAAACCAUAGAGGAGCAAGAGGAAAAAGAACAAGAACCAGUUCAGGAUCUGCCAGAGGAAAAGCCGAGUGAGUUACCCGGUAUGGAAGAGGAGGAGGACGAUGAUGAGGAGGAAAUUAAAGUUAAAAAGAAGAAGAAGAAACACAAAAAAAUAAAAACUGAGAGAGGCGAGGAAACAAAGGCCCUGUGUGAGGAGCUGCACAUUGAGAAAAAGAGCUCACAGAAAAAGCAGAAAUCCUUUGAGAAGGUAAAAGAGCUUUCUAUAUUGGAAAGACUGGCACCUCUUCCUGCUCCAGUUCAGAAGGGCUCGCGAGCAAGCACGGAAGACAAGGGAAGGAAGUCCGUGGACUCUGUGUCUGAGGAAAAAGAAGGUAGAAAAACAGACACAGGAAAAGAGAAAACCAGGAAGAAACAUGAGUCUGAAAAAGAAGGGAAAAAAGAACAGAAGGUGGUUAAGACUGUAAAGGAAUCAAAGAACAUAUUUGAUGCCUUCACUGUAACUCCCGAAGACAGAAAUGAAUGCACCGAGUCGUCUAGAAUAAAGGAGGAGGUGUCGCUUGACUAUAGACCUGUGGAAGAAUGCAAAACGAAAGAACUAAAACAGGUUUUCAGGGAAAGACAGAACACUAGAGAUGAGAGCGAACCGUGGGCAUUUGCAGCUUCAGAAGGGGAUCAGGAGGUUGCAGACCCACUUUGCCAGAUGCAUGAUAAUACUGCACCUUUGAUGAGUAAAGUGCAAGUUGGCUUAGCAAUGGACCUACAGCUGGAGUGGAUGACUCUGGAAGACUUUCAGAAGCACCUUGAUGGAACUGAUGAGAUUCUUCCAUCUGAAACUAUAUCCAGUAGUGCACUGAAAGAUGCUGUAAAAAAUGGAGAUUACGUAACUGUGAAGUAUGCACUUAAUUCAAAAGAGGAAUAUAAUUUAGAACAAGAGGAUUCUAGCGGCAUGACGCUGGUGAUGUUGGCUGCGGCCGCAGGGCAGGAUGAUGUUCUUCGCCUUCUAAUAAAAAAAGGAGCGAAAAUUAAUGCUAGACAAAAAAAUGGGACCACCGCUUUGAUUCAUGCUGCUGAAAAAAACUAUUUAACAACGGUGGCACUUCUUUUGGAAGCUGGUGCUUAUGUCAAUGUGCAGCAGGCAUCCGGUGAAACUGCUCUGAUGAAGGCAUGUAAAAGGGGCAACUCCGAUAUUGUGCGGCUCCUGCUGGAAUAUGGUGUUGACUGUAACGUGCUGUCCAAGCAUCAGGGCAACGCCUUGCAGUUUGCUAUGCAAAGCAAUAAUGUGCACUUAUAUGAGAUGAUAAAAAGCCAUUUAGAAACCCUUUCCAGAGUGGUAGAAGAUGCAAUAAAGGAUUACUUUGACACUCGCCUCUCUCUGCUGGAACCAGUUUUCCCGCUUGCAUGUCACCGACUCUGCGAGGGACCAGAUUUUUCCCUGGACUUUUCCUACAAAGCUCCAUUUACUACCCCAGAAGGAUCUGGGAUCCUCCUGUUUGUGUUCCAUGCAAACUACUUUGGUAAGGAGGUGGUGGUGCGACUGUGCGGACCAUGCAGUGUACAAGCUGUAGUAUUAAAUGAUAAAUUCCAGCUGCCUGUAUUUUUGGAUGCUCACUUUAUUUAUUCCUUCAGCCCUGUGGCUGGCCUUAAUAAACUCUUUAUUAGACUCACAGAGGUCCCGGCUGCAAAGGUGAAGCUGCUGAUCUGUGCGUAUAGAGUCCAGCUGCCAUAUGUGUGACGUGUGUGGAAUUGCGAUAAAAUCGGCGUAUUUGGCAAUGGGAUCAGCGCACAGAAUGUUCCUGGAUUGGCCUUGCACUGAAGAGACAGGACACUUUGUCUGAUCAUGUCGACCCAUAUAACAGCUUUAUUUUCAGCUCUGUUUCUGGGUUUUUGUACAGAGCCCCCAGUCACCAUUACUGAGCAGUUUGAUAACUAUGUCCCUACCUCAUAGGGCCAGUAGCACCGCAGAAUGACUGAAUUGUGUAUGCCGUUAAUAGUACGGUUGCCCGGCAUUGGUUAAAUGCUUGUCUGUUGCUGUAGCUCUAAUAUAUAGUUUAUAGCAAUAAGCUACUGUGUAGCCACGGGGGCAGGCAUUGAAGUAGGGCAGGAGGGGGCCACACCUGCAUAGCACAUAACAUAAGCUUUAUAGGGUGGAAAUGGUUUGUUAUAAACGGUCACAUAGUGGUGUUACUCACCCUUUGGGGAAUAUUUGUGCUUUUAUAUACCUGUUUUAUUAUGGGCCAUUCAGUAUGUCCCAUACACUUCUUCAUUUAUGCACCUUGUGAUCUAUGUAAUAUAGGGACGUUGCUGCCCCCUAUUGGGCUGCUGUUGCUGUCAGACUAGUGGGUGUGGUGACAUCUGGGAUUUCCCAUAAACCUUACACAAUAGUCUCCUGUUCCUGGGCUGAGAUUAUACAGGGGCAUGGCUGUAGGGAGAACUGGGGGGUCUCUGCUCUUAUCUUGCAUUUCAUUUACAGUUGUGAAAGCCGGGGGCAGAGUAGGAGAUAAUGUGACUUUAUUGGCCCGUAGCCAUACUAUGAUGGUGAGAAACUGACAGAUGUAUUUCCACAAUGUGGAACCCUACUGUUGUUUAUUUCUGAUGUUUUGCCUAGAGUAAUAUUUAAUGUUAAUUAUAUGGUAUCAGUUGUUUUUAUCCAAUGUGUUGGACAAUGAAGAGCAAUCUGUUUGUGUGUAAGUACAUUGAGUGCAGCCCCCAAGGAACAUCUACAUUCCCAUUCCCCCUAGCAGAGUACCGAGUGGGCUUCCGCCCCAGGUAACCGACUGCUGAUACAUUGUACCCUGCUGAACCACAUGAUCCCCCAGUGGGACGGGGGGCUCAGCCAUUACUGCACUCUUUCCAUUGCUCUUCAGAUAUGUGGGAUCUCGGAGAAGGAAUCAAUGACGUUACAGUAUUUGAAGUGCAUUUGUUCAUGUUUUGCUUAAGAGUAAAACCGAUCAUCCAUGUGAAUAGCAAUAGUUUCUAUUUUUGUAUGUUAGUAAAUCCAUAUAUUCCUCUGUUUCGGUACAGUGCUUUAAAAGACUUGUAAAAAAAAAUGCAAAAAUACAACAUACUAUAAAAUGUAAAUUAAAUGUUUCUGUGAAAAAAC